AUGACAACCAUGGGGAAGACAAUAAAAGGGCUAGUGGCGUUGGUGUUUAUGCUGCAUUCGUUCGGGAGCGCUGAAACAAACAGACCGCUGUCCGGUGAGGCGGCGCGAGGUAUCUGCAGUGCAUCUCGUAUGCUGAAGAGUGGCGUGUACAGAUAUGUUUUGACUAAGACGGAGGCGGUCGAAAAGAUGAUGGAAAAGGUGAGUCACAUGGGGAAUUAUGCGAAACUGAAGGUAUUGAGAAGUAAUUCGAGUGGCUUCGAGUGUACCAAGGCGAAGGUGUUUAUAACAUAUACCCUUGAAGGGAAGAAAGCGAUGAUAAGGAAACUCGUGAAGAAACUGUGGGACGUCGGGACAAAACUUGUGGCAGCCGCGUCACUAGCUGCGGGGAGACUGGAUGAAAUGUUAAGUGUUUUCGUGGGGCCUAUUGGGGGAAACGAUAACAAUAGCUAUUGUGUCAAAGAUCGCCAAAACUUCACGGGGUGCUUUGGGACGGCAAGUUUCGACGGCACUGGGGCUAGUGAAGACGGCGGUUUUGAUGGUGAUGGAAAGGAAUUUGCAACCAUGUUGGAUGAAGCACUGCAGCUUAACAACACCGAUCCACUGGAAAGCAGUGGUGCGAACUGCCACCUGACGAAGGGAGGAAAUGGUGGGGGCUAUCUUGUGCACAUGGAUUCCCGUAAUAAAGGUUACAAAAUCGAGCCAACAAAACACAUUACCUGGGGUGACGGGAUGCUCGGCAUUAAGAAGGGCGGGGAAGCCAGCUCUGGAGCAAAGGGUACAGUUCGCGGAAGUUCUUACAGUUCAGAUGUCGUAUGGGAGGAACACCCGACCAAGACAGUGCCGACCCUGACAUCGACCGCGAAACUUUUUGGAGAGUUUCAGAAGAUCAACAAGGAGGUGCUGGCAGUGGUUGAGGAUGCACUGGAAAGCUUGCAGGAAAAGAAUAUGACGACAAGCAAGGACACGAGCGGUAGCGGGAAACGGCUUCUUGACUACAUGAUCAGAAGGUGUGGGAAUUUCACACACAAGCGACAAAAGAAUUUUUUUGGGGACUCGGCGGUGCAUUCGCAUGGUGAUUGGAGGGUUCGGUUGGUAAUUUCGCUUGUCGCUGCGAUGGUGUAA